AUGUGAUCAUUCUAUUGACAUGAAGCUCCAUGAUGCUACAGUUGUCAGGAGAUGACCAUAUCUAACCCAGUAGCUCCAGUGUUCCUCCGUGUUCUUAUCCUCUUAUAGCCACCAUGUCGCAGCAGAGCAGCGGCCUGGAGGUGCUGCUGGUCCCGGGACACCCGCUGCUGGGCCGGGUCAGUGCCGGGGACAGGGUGGCCCUUCUGUCCGGCGGCGCGCUGCUGGGCCGCCUGGAGCCCCAGGGCGCGCUGACCGUCGGGGACCUGGCUGACCGCGGAGAGGUCCUUGGGGGCUCCGCCACACUGGAGGGGUCCUACUCAGAUUUUGCCUGGGAGGAGGUUACCCCUGAAGGAGGAGAAGGAGGCGGAGGAGGAGGUGGCCCAUCCAGGCUGCUCGCGGUCACAGGCAGCCAAGACGUGUGUCUGGUGACGGUUGUGACGGGGGCAGCUGAUGGAGUUGGACUGGUGUGUGUGUCUGAGUGCCCCGCCGGCCGCCUGCUGAAGAUGGCAGAGGACAGCGGGUUCAGCGUCUCCAGGCUCCAGAGUGUGAGGCUGCUGAGCUUCCAGGACUCCUGCUCUGUCCUCCUGCUCAACUCCUCCCUGCUUCUCACCCUGCACUGGAGACAGGAGGUGCAGGGUGAGGAGGAGGCCCGGGACCCAGAGGAGAGCCAGGACCUGGAGGAGAGUCAGGAGCUGGAGAAGGAGGAGGAGGAGGUGCAGAUGGUCUCCUCCUGCUCCCUCCUUGUUCAGGGGGAGCAGGAGGAGGUGUCCUCCUCCUGUCUGUCUGCAGGAGUUCUGUUCCUCCUCUGCAGGAGUGGACUGAUCUGUGGUUAUGACAUCACGGCCGGCAGUCUGCUGGCGACUGUCGACCUGCCCUCCUACCUGGGCUCGCUCAGGGAGGAAGAACCCUCCCCCUCCUCCCCCUCCCCCUCCUCCUCCGCCUCUUCCUCCCACUCCUACCCCGCCUCCUUCAGUCAGCUCCGUGUGUCGGCUGACCUGAGCACUGCCGUCGCUCUAAGCCCCACCCACACGGCGGUGGCAGUGGACCUUAACCACUACUUCAGGACCCGCCCAGACCACCUGCUGGGAGUGGAGGCCCCUGGGUGCCUGAUGACCCCUGAGGGAACCUCCAGGGCCCGGGACGCUGGCUCUCUCAACACCGACCGGUCUUGGGGAGCGCGUCUGGCCCGGCUGUACAGCACUGCCCAGGGCCCCGCCCCCUCCCAGGGCCCCGCCCCCUGGUUCUCCGGUCUGCCAGAGGUGGCGUCCCGCAUGGCUCUUUCCCAGGCCCGGCUGUCUUUCAGCAGAGUGCCACCGGGGGGUGCCACCGCCCUGUUCUCGGUCCCUGCUUCCUCUUUUGCUUCGUUGCUUUCCGUAUCCCAAUUUUCUGCCCUGGUUACCUUUGUAUCCCCUGACGACGGCCAGUCCAGUGUGGCAUUGUGGGAUUUAGAGUCCCAGGCUGUGAGCUACCACCGGUGUGAGUCAGCGUCUACGGCGGUGAAAUGGAAAGGACCGCAACACACUGCGCUUUUAAUCAAGAGGAGUCCGGGGUCCGGUGGUGGUCUCUCCCAGGUGAUGUUUGAUGUGGACCAGCAGCGAUUGCUCAGCAGGCUGAUGGUGUUCGGGAAGGCAGCGACGGUGGACGCCCUGUGCCACCUGAAUACAUGGGGCCGUUGUUCGAUCCCGAUGCACGCCCUGCAGGCAGGGCUGAAGAACCGACAGCUGGACACGGUGGACCUGUUUCUGAAGAGCAAAGAGGAGAUGCUGUCCCCCAGUGAGCUCCCUCCGGACCCGCGGGGCGCCCUGCUGUCCCGUGUGCAGGAGGUGUGCCCCGCCCUGGACCUGCUGUGCUGCUCCAUCAGAGACGGCCACGCAGAGCUGCAGUCCAGAGCGUUCUCAGAGCAGCUGCUGAGGACAACCCUGACCUUCCUCCAGGCCCAGCUGAGGACCGCCUGCUGCAGCACGCACCAGUUGGACGCAGAGCUUCAGAGCUGCGUCUCCAUCCUCAACCGAUACGUCUUCCAGCUGUGGACCCUGAUGAGGUCAUUCCCCUGGGCCUCCAGCCAAUCAGAGCCAGCAGCACCCAACCACCUGACCGCUGACAUCCAAUCAGAACCAGCCGCACCCAACCACCUGACCGCUGACAGCCAAUCAGAAACAGAACAGCACCAGAGAUGGGAGCAUCUCUCCACCGAGGAAGCGGUCCGGCGGGCCGUGCUCUGCGGCCGGCUGCCCUGCCUCCAGGCCUUCCUGCGCUCCCAGAACAGACCAGAGCAGACGCUGCCCGAGCUGCGGAGGGUGGGCCUGCAGCACGCCUUCCGCUGCCUGGCUCAGAGGCAGCUGCCCCACGCCACCACCCUCUUCAGGAACAUGGGUUUCCAUGUCAAUGAGGUGCUCCACAGUGUGUGUCUGUACACCGACCAGAAGGAGCUCCGGGACUUUGUGGUGGAGGAGCUGACCAGAAAGCAGUGUUUCUCCCAUGAGGAGACCCAGAGGGUGCAGUUCUUCAGGGAGGUGGAGAAGCUGGGAGCCACUGCCAGGCUGACACAUCCUCCCCAGAACUCUCUGAGGGUUCUGGAGCUGGCCCAUUCAGACCCGCAGCAGGACCUCACUCUGCUGGGCCUGGACCCGGACCCGGACUGUGUCCCGGGGGGAGCAGGACUGUGGAGCCGACUCCGGCUGGACUGGAUAAGACACUGGACCCCGAACGCCCUCAGCAGUGUUCGGCUGUCCCGCUUGCAGGAUGAAGCGGUGGUCUCCUGCGACGCCCAGACCCUGUGGUCCCACCUGACCGCCCUCAACAACCAGCAGCGCCUGAGCCGCUGGAUCCAGAGCUCAGAGGACCGCGACGCCCCCUGCUGGCCGGCCAUCACACCGCAGCUGGUCAGGGCACACACGGCCUGCUGCGACCACACCAGGGAGCAGCUGCUCAAUCUCCUGGCCAGGAAGGGGAUCUUUGCAGAGGGGGAGGAGCUUGAUCUGCUGAUGUGUCGUCUGGUCCAGGUGGGGGGAGUGAUGUGUGACACCACCCCUUCCCCCCGAUACCACCUCCCGAUUGGCCCAGAGCUCCACACCCACUUUAUCACCCACUGUCUGAACAACAACCUGCAGUACCUCCUUUACACCUACCUGCAGCAUCACAGGCUGACCCAGAGGGCCCUCCGGGUCGGGGUCCCGGGCCGGGGGAACCUGGAACAGGACCCCCCCUGGUUCCACAUGAUGCUGAGGGUCCAAGAGGCUGCCCAGGAACUGUCAGACCCAGAGCGGCUGUUCCAGGCCAGUCUGACCAGCGCCCAGGUGCUGGUCCCGGGGGGCCAGGCGUCCCUCAGCAGCCUGCUGCUGGAGGGCCACGGCGUGGUGGCGCUGGCCUCACUCAUGUUCCCGCCGGGGGGCGUGGACGGGGUGGUGGCCCCGGGGUCCGGCCCCCCCGCCCACAGCCUGGACCACCAGCUGCUGAGGAUGGCCUUGGGCCCUUACCCCAAGCUCCGCUCCGCCCUGUUCCCCCCCGGGGGCCCGCGGGCCGGCCUUGGGCCCCCCGACGUCUCCAUCUACCAGCUGCUGCAGUCUCUUCAUCCUCUUCAUCAGUCCCGGCUGUUUGGCUGGCAGACUGCCAACCCACUGCUGUCCACCGGGUCGUCGGAGCCCCCCCACUUCUCCAGCCCUCUGCUGGUGAGCCGCUGGGCGCUGGUGGAGCGGAUGGACUUCCUCUACUUCCUGCGCCACAGCCGGCCCUCCUACGCCUACGCCAGCUUCCUGCUGCACGAACUGGCCGGCUCCGCCGACAUGACACCACCUGUGCAACAGGCCCUGCGUCAGGCCUCCAGGCUGGCCCUGCUCUCCUGCAGCCAGCCCAGCGUGGCAGCAGCCUGCCUGGGCUUCCUCCAGCUUCUGGGGGCCCCAAGCCUGGGGCUCCGCGUGGACCUCCGUGCCCUGCGGCUGCUGCAGGCACACAGGGGCCACAGGGGCCAACGGCCCCGCCUGGACCUGCUGGGUGAGGCGAAGCCAGGGGCAGCUCAAGAGCUGAUUGGUUACCUGGAGGAAGCUGUGACUGACAGCCUGGAGCAGAGAGGCAUCACAAGGUCUUCCAUGGAGGCUGGCCAGGAGUGGGCGGUUCCAGUCCAGUUCUGUCAGCUUCACUCAUUGGCCCUCAGCUCGGUUUAUCCGGCCCACUGUGCUGCUGACGGGCAGUGGCUCCACUUCCUGCUGUUUGUCCAACUGCACAGUUUCCCCCCCAACCAGGUGAGGACCCUUGCCUCCCAGUUUGGCCCCGCCCUCCAGGGUCACCUGAGUCUGGCGUUCGAGGAGCUCCGCCUCCAGGGCCCUGGCUGGCCGGCUCCGGGGCCCCAGAGGGGGCUGCUGCAGGUGGCCCUCCAGAGCCAGCAGGACCGCAGCCCAUGGAGACGGCUGCUGGGGGAGGCCCUGGAGAGACGCUGCCCCCUGCUGGCCGUCCUGGCCGCCUGCGCCCAGGUCAGAGGACUGGGGUUAGCCCCUCCCAGUACCACCUACUGGGAGGGGGCGGAGCCUCUGCAGUGCUUGUGUGUCUGGGUGCUGACCAGCGUUGAUGAUGUUACGGCGGCGGAAGCCACAGCCCACCUCCAGGACGCUGCCCAGCACCACGAUUGGACCCUCCAUGACCUGUCAAUCAUCUGGAAGAACACUCUGAGUGGAGGUCGAGUGAAGCCCCUCCUCCUGGGCUUCACACUGUUCCAGAAGGAGAGUCCUCUAGUGCUGCUGUUGGAGAUGUUUGAGCUGUGUGCUGAGUUCAGGAACUACGACGCGGCCAGAGACAAACUCCUGCUCUUCCAACACUCCCUCCUCUCAUUGCGGAGCAGUGGUGCUGUAGGUGGGGUUCCCCAGGAGUGGGUGGAGAGCCAGGCGUCGGUGCUCCUGAUGGUGCUGUUCCAGCGGAGCUCCGACCACUUCCACCUCCAGAGACUGGUGCAGCUCCUCCAUCACUCAGAGCACAGCCUGCAGGCCCACGGAGUGGACCUGGGGGUUCUGGCCCGGCUCAGCACGGUGCUCCAGGGGAGUCCAGUCGGCCUCCCCCUGGCCCUGCUCUCCCGCUGCUCCCCCCAGGUCCUCCAGGAGGAGUACCAGCGCCUCCUGGAGGAGCUGGUGGCCGCGGGGCUGCUCUCCCGGGCCCAGCGUGUCGCCCAGCUGGCCGGCAUUCCGGCCGAUGCCUUGCUCAUCAACCAGCUGCAGCAGGACGUCCAAUCACAGCGGUCGAAGCGGCGCUGGGGGCGGGAGGAGGUGAGGGUCCUCUUCUGGAGGCGAUGUCACCAGCAGCUUCAGGGCCACGCUCCCGACCCCCAGAUCGCCGCCCACUUCUUCCAGGAGCAGGCCGGCGCCCGGCCGCUCUGUGCCCAGGAGCGGUGCCUCCUGCUGGGCAUGGCGGGGCACUGGCUCUCCCUGGUGGAGCCCACGCCCCUGGAGCGCCUGGAGGCCCUCGAGAAGGAGAGCUGGAUCAGCAGGCUGCAGGAGGAGCGGCAGGAGGAGCAGCAGCAGCAGGAGCAGGAGGAGCAGAAAGAGGAGAAGGAGGAGGAGCAGGAGGAGCAGAAAGAGGAGAAGGAGGAAGAGGACGCGGUGUUGAACCCAGGUGGAGACACCACCUCGUAUGACUCCCUGAUGGAGGAGUUCUCCUUCUCCAGGAUCGCGGCCCUGAACCACGACUCCUACCUGAGUCUGGCUGGGCUCCCGGGGCCCGAUCCCCCUCCCCCUCCCCCUCCCCAAGAGGGGGCGGACCCCCCGAUGGGCCCCGCCCGACGCCGCCUCCUCGGCCGCCUGAUUGGCCAGCUGCUGGACGAGGGGCGUGUCCACGAGGCCUCCCGGGCCUGCCGGUACUUCUCCGUCCACCUGCCCGACGUCUGGCUGGCGCUGCGCUGCCGCGAGCUCGCCACCGGAGGGGCGUCGAACCCGCAACUGCAGGAAGGGACGUCUGAUCCUGGGACCAGCGGGCCAAGCUCUCCUUCUAGCGGUAGUCCCUCGUCCUUCGUGAUGCUGCCCCCCCCCGACGACCCGGUCCUCACCCAGCUUCAGGCGCUUCUUAAUCAGUGUCACCACGGCAACAACUACUGCAGGCAGAUCCUGAGUCUGUACCAACUGUCCAAGGACCUGCGCUGCUCCUUCGAGGAGCUGAGCCAGGAGGAGCCGCAGACGCUGCUGGACAAGCUGCUGCGCUGCGGCCACCCGGAGCGGUACCGCCGCGCCGAGGCCUUCGUCAGGGCCCAGGGCCUCGCCCCCGAGGCCACGGCCCACUUCCUGGCCAACGCAGCGCUGCACGGCCUGCAGGCCGAGCCCCCGGAGCCCCCGCUUGCAGACAGACAGGUUCUGAGGCUGUGUGGAGACUCCAGUCUACUUGGGCGCCACCUGCUGGACAAGAUCCCCACCCUGAGAGUCAGCCAGGUGGCCUGCUCGGUGGAGCUGCUUGUCCUGGCCCACGACUGCUUCAGCCUCAGCUGUGACAUGGAGGGAAUUGUACGGGUGCUCCACGCCGCACGCCACCUCAGCCACGCCCACUUGGCGCCCGGACAGCACUUCAACCUGCUGGUGCGGCUGCUGACCGGGAUCGGUCGCUAUGACGACAUGACCUACGUGUUCGACCUGCUUCAUCAGAACCACCGCUUUGAGAUCCUGCUGAGGAAGAAGCUGGACAUACACACCAGCUCCAGUCUGAAGGCGGCCCUCCUGGACUACAUCAAGCGCUGUCUCCCUGGCGACAGCGAGAAGCACAACAUGGUGGCGCUGCACUUCAGCAUGCGCCGCGAGAUUGGGGAGAACCACGAGAUGGCCGCGCGCACGCAGCUCAAGAUCAUCCACUCUCAGCCCUGGGCCGUGACCCCGGAGCUGAGCAGCUCUCUGACCAAGGUGCUUGGCCUCCUUAAGGACGCCGCCGAGAGCUACCACAAGGACGAGUGCGUGCGCCAGGCCUCCCGGUGUGUGCGUCUGGCCCGGCUGGUGGUCCUCCAACUCCACCUCCUCUCUCAGGGCUCGGACCAGCGGCUGAUCAACCUGCAGCCCGCCGAGACGGGUCCCGCCAUGCUGGCCCUGCCGCGCUGCUACCAGGUGUGUGUCCUGGCAGAGGCGUAUGAGCAGGGCGUGGACUGGGCGGGGCUUGUGUACCAGAAGGUGGUUGUGGGCGGAGACUUCGUGUACCUGGAACAGCUGAAGACCUUCUGCCCGCUGGGCGGGGCCCUGAUGGAGGAGGUCUCUACCAGGAUGUGUGUGAAGGAGGCGGUGGGCGGCAGCAGCAGCCAGAACCUGAAGCGGCUGCUGGCCCAGUGUGAGGACGUGGUGACCCGCUACCGCCUGGCCUACAAACACAAGCUCACCGACCUGGCCCAGAGCCUGCUGACCGACGCCCGCACCAGCAGCUACCUCAGUGACCACCUGGCUGUGUGACUGACUGACUGACUGACUGAAUACCACUCCGUCAGACUCACUGACUGACUGACUGGAUCUUCAGAGCUGACUGUUGCUCUGGGCCUUAUUACCACGUUGGGCAGAUUAACUGAGUUUGGAGUUCUGCAUUCUGAACACAACAGAACCUGUAAUAUUCAUAUUAAAUCAGCAUUUUCUAUAUAAUUCAUAUUAUUUUCUAUAUCUCUAUUAAAAUAUUCCAAUAUGCCAGUUGAAAGACUAAAA